GGGGGGGGGCGUGCACGGUGCAUCUUGUAGCCAAAGUCCCUCUUAUCGGAAUGUUUGAAGAUUAACGAGGUCGUCGGCGCGGACGUGCACAUUACUAGCAGCGGCGGCUUGGCCUGUCUCCGGUGGGCCCGGGUAGAGAGCACCGAAGCUACACCGCGCAGCUGCACCCGCGAGACUGUUAGAGGACGGGGAAGCCAUGGCGGAGAAGCGAAUGUCGCGGUGGUAUUUCGGCGGGCUGGCGUCCUGCGGAGCCGCCUGCUGCACACAUCCCUUGGAUCUCCUCAAGGUGCACCUACAAACACAGCAGGAGGUGAAGAAGAGGAUGUUUGGCAUGGCUGUUCACGUGGUGAAGAAUAAUGGCGUCCUUGCGCUUUACAAUGGCCUCUCUGCUUCCCUUUGUAGACAGAUGUCCUACUCUUUGACCAGAUUUGCCAUCUAUGAGACUGUAAGGGACAUGAUGGGCAACACAAGCCAGGGGCCCAUGCCCUUCUACCAAAAGGUCCUGCUAGGAGCUUUUGGAGGUUCCACUGGUGGCUUUGUUGGCACGCCAGCCGACAUGGUGAAUGUCAGGAUGCAAAAUGACGUGAAACUUCCGGCAGAGCAAAGGAGAAACUACAAACAUGCCAUCGAUGGGCUUUUUAGAGUCUACAGAGAAGAGGGUGUGAGGAGGCUAUUCUCAGGGGCCACCAUGGCUUCCAGCAGAGGAGCCCUGGUCACUGUGGGACAGUUGGCGUGUUAUGACCAGGCUAAGCAGCUUGUGCUGGGAACAGGGAUGCUGGGAGAUAACAUGUUCACACACUUUCUCUCCAGCUUCAUUGCUGUAAGUAUCACUUUGCCCUUGAAUGGGCAGCAGAGAGAGCAAUACAUCCAUUUCAUUUUCUUUCUGCAGGGAGGCUGUGCUACGUUCCUUUGUCAACCACUCGAUGUCCUAAAGACCAGACUCAUGAACUCAAAGGGAGAGUACACUGGGGUACGACAUUGCUUACAAGAAACUGCUAAGUUGGGUCCCAUGGCAUUCUACAAGGGCCUCGUCCCAGCAGGGAUCCGCUUGAUCCCUCACACAGUGCUCACGUUCAUCUUCCUUGAGCAGCUGAAAAUAUACUUUGGAAUCCGCAUCGUCUCCUGAGAACAGAUCAUUCUUCAACGGCUCCGCUCUGAUCAUCUUGCGUGAGGAAGAAGGGAAGAAAAGGAAGCCGCGUGCAGCCGAUGGCAUCUUGUUCUACCUCUGUCUCACGGCGUGAGCCUGAAUAUUUGUUUUUCCUGAAACGAUCAGUGCCACAUUUUGCUAGGGAUUAAUACUGGAACAAGCACUUUUAGAGUACUUCUAAGUGAAGAGCGUCUGAUCGGGUAGAUGAACCUGUCCUUAAUCAUUUCAGGCGUGCUGAGUUUUUUGGUGAUUAUUUCAAGCUUACUAUGUUUUAUUGGAAAUGCCUGACUUCAUGUUGACUUGAACUAAUUCCAAAAGACUGUCAUUUAUGAUUAGAUGUGAAUUUAGGCGAAGAUUGCCAAUAUUAGGCAGACGACGGUGAGGACAGUUACAUGGCAUAUAUACACUGUAGUAAACAGCUAAUAUCACUAAUCUGUUAUGUAAUUGCUUAUGAUUCAUUCCCACCAGUACUGACCAAAUGUGGUGCAAUCCUAUAUUUGACUUGGUUGUUUAUUUUCCACCUGGAAACCAAGUCUGUUAGAACCUCUUUUCCUCAUGGUGUUUAGUUGUAAUCAUUUGGAGGAGGGGACCAGGUUGUCUCAUCAGCUGUCAUCAUAACAAUGCUGGGGCUAGACGCUCUAUUUUAAAUGUCUUUUAAUGGGUUUCGCUGAAGAAGCUGUGCGCGUAGUGUUUCUUGCCGAGCUGACUUAAUGACUCAGGAUUCCCCCAAUGCUUGAAGAUGGCACUUUCGUCACACCUGACUAGAAAUGUGCCAGACUAAAACAUGUUUUUGGACUUAAAAUGACACUCUCGCAUAUAUGUGCCAUCAAUGAACAACUGUGAUAAACAUCUGUCCCCCACAGAGCCCUUGUCAUGUUGCCUUACCAUGUGUGUCCCCUAGAGGGCAGCAUAGAAGUGUGAUUGGAUUCAACCCUAUCAUGGUUAAAGGUCCUUUAAUGGGUAUCCGAACAGCCUUGCACCUUCAGCCUAGGAUAGACUUUGAAGAAUUAAAACACCAGCUCGACUGCUGCAUGAUUAUGUGACCUGUGUAUCAGCCUUACUAACCUGCUGCUGUGUGUGAUAUAUUUUACUAAGCAGGAAUUAGUGACUUUUUAAAUUAAAAUACUAAUUGAAA